AUGAGAAGAUUUGGAAGCAAUCAGUGGUCUGCACACAACAGCACAUAUGAAGACAUGAGAAGAGCAUUUGAUACAAUCAAGACAAAACUGGCGAAUACAAGCAGUUCGAUGAUCUCUGUAGAUCCUGGUAUAUCAAUGCAGAACGAUAACCUAUGUUCUGAUGAAAGAUCGGCAUGUGAUUUUACAUUGAUUGCAUCAGAUGAAGAAUCGUGCUCCAAUACGCUUAUCAGCAUUGGACCUGAAGCCAGAAAUGCUAUUUUCAAUUCAUCCACAGUAUGUUCUAAAGCAAGCGCUGAUAAAGUUGAUAAUUGCAUUGACUACAUUGAAAGUAAUUCUGAAUUGAAGCCAAAACAUACAAGUAAUAAAUGUAGUGAUGUAGAAUAUACAAGUAAUAAAUACAAUAAUACAGAAUAUACAAAUAGUACAUCUAGUAAUUCAAGUAAUAAAUGUACUAAUAAAAAGUAUACAGGUAAUGCAGAAUACACAAGUAAUAAAUACAGUAAUGCAAAUAACAAAUAUGAUGAUAAUCAAGAAAAGAAUAUAAACACAUUGAAUGAAGAAAAAACAAACGAUUGUAUAGCUACACGCCAACUUAUUCAUGAAGAGUCGCUUUCUGAUGAAAUGGAUUACAAGGAGCUUGGAUUCUUAAGCUUUAUUAACGUGUUUAAUGAGGAAGAUGUGGUUGGUAUAGAAGCACAGCAGAUAGACAAUAUAACAUUCCGUAAAGCACGUGGCGAAGUAGACGAAACAUCACAUUCUCAAAUGCACUCAGAAGACAUAUAUGCAGAUAUACAGCAUCUGAAAAGAAUUCGGUUUGAUCAGAUGCCAAAGGAUGUACGAAAGAUUGGAGAAGCAACAUUCAGCGAAGUGUUUGCACAUGGCACAUUGGUUUACAAGAUUAUUCCGUUAGGAAAUUCAUCAGAAGAAACAUGCAUAAAGUCAUUUCUCAAAGAGUCGAGUAUAUUUCAAACAAUCUGCAAGGAGGAAGGUGUGUGCAAGCUUGUGGAUGUGUUUCUGUUGAAUGGGCGAUACUCGGAAGAGUACCUGCGUGCAUGGGAUGAAUAUGGAGAGGAAGAGAACGAAAGGCCAUGUAAAUACAAUGAUGAACAGGAGUAUGGAGUGUUAGUUAUGGCGGACGGAGGAGUAAGUCUUGAAGAUACAAAGUUUACAAACUGUGCUGAAAUAAACAGAUUUCUAAAGAAUGUAGCAAAGGUACUUGCGAAUCUUGAAACGAAGUAUGAGUUUGAGCACAGAGACUUACACUGGGGAAACAUACUCAUCAACAGUGAAAAAGUAAACUUGAUAGAUUUUUCACUCAGUAGAAUCAAAAGCAAUGGAAAAGUGAUCUAUGAAGACCUUAAUGCAAAAGAAUGGCUCUUUGAAGGUGAUGAACAAACUGAUAUACAGUUUGGAGUAUAUAAACAGAUGCGUUUACUAAGCCAUAGUGAUUGGAAAGCAUUUAUACCAGAAAGCAAUGUUCUAUGGAUGAAGUAUCUUGUACAGAAAGCAUUUAGCAAAAUCAGGUUCCGAGGAAGGAGCUCAUUGAUCUCACAAUACAUUAAGAUUAUGGACAGCAGCAGCUCAAUGAUAGAGGCUGAGCAGAAGUUGAGUAAAUGCACAAAAAUACAAUAA